AUGAAGGAGAAGAACAAGAGAGAAAUCGCCUUCCGUCCAAAAUCGCAUGCGAAGCCUGUUCCAUCCUCACUGAAUUCCGUCCGACACCCGUCCAAGGCUUCUGCUCGCACUGCUGGUGUGCCCAAGGUGUAUAAGAUUCAAGUAUGUAUUGGCCACUGCCCUGAAUCGUUGCAUGUUGUAUCAGUCCAAGGCAUGUUUAAAAAUUCGGCGCUCCCCCGUGCCUCUAAGGCGUGCCCACUGCAAGGUCCAAAAUGGACAGCUUGGCCUGGCCCUUUCCUCUACGAAGUAGCGGCAGUAGCCCCCCGUCCGGUCGGCCUCAGCCCCUCGACCCUCUCCCCCGUCCGGUCGACGAGCAGCCCACAUGUAGGUAGUGUGUCUGGCAUCCGCGGCCAAGUUCGUUCCCGUUCUUUCGCGCAGGCCCGUCUGGUAUUUUUAGGGACAAAGUCACCUUUUUGGGGCUGUAUUUCCACAGCACAAGGAAAAAAGAAGAAGAGAAAGUGCGCUAUCGUCAAGAACGCGUAUGCUCUAAUCUGCCAACCCAGGUUUGCCCAACAGGAGAUACCUGGGUCACCUAAGGUAAUGGACAAAAGUGAUUGGAGGCAUAGCAAUACCAAACACCUCUGGCACCUCUUCAACCCUUCCCAGGGGCCUCUGAAACUCAAACCUGUCCCUAUCUGGCUGGCUGGCAUUCCUCGACACGCACCUACCCACCGGGAAAUACGGAGCACUGGACGGAUACCUGACGUACCUCACUUAUCGACCGAUGCAGCAAAGGUACCUUGCCAUCCCGUUACCGCCAAUACCUUGUUUGCCUCUGCAUCGCCUCGCCUUGCGGUAUUGCCGCACCUCGAGAACCCUCGAGAGGUACCUGUCACGCUACGUACCACUCUCACAGUUUUAUCUGCAAAAUCCCACGAAACACUCUCCCUCCCCUUUCGGCUUUCCAUUUGCGCCAACCAACCAUCCCCGACCCCGACACACCUCUCAGUGACACCAAGACCACGACGACUCCCUCGACUCAAUUUCGAAUCCCCUCCACUCGAACUCGACGACGAACGGCCACGAUCCAUCACGAACGCCCAUCUCCUCUCUCUCUAUCUCUUCUCAAUCACAACUCCCCGACUACCUAGAGUCCCCCGGGUUCCAGAUUUCCAUGUGUCGCUGCUGACGAGGUUCGACCUACCACUCCAAAUCUCUCUCUACCUCGCCCGGCGCGAGCCUCGCAAGCUCCCCUUCACGGGACACGACACUCUCUACAGCGACCGCACUUGCCUCGGCGCACACCUCUAA